AUCACCCACACAGCGGCGGGCUGUGCUGCUGCUCCGGGACCAUGCAGGGCUGCAUCUGCCUGUCCAUCACCGCUCUGCUCCUCUAUCUUAUUGGGCUCACGACUGCGCACAGCCACAAAGAGAAGACGCACCAAUCCACGAAACAUGAAAAAAGUGGAUUUAAAACUGAAGUACCCUUGGAACUAGGAGAAAUUGUCAUCGUCAUACAAAGCCAGAGUAAUUCAUUUCACAAAAAGAGAGCAGAGGACCUGAAAGGAAACAUUUUGGAACAGGCAGCUAAAUUCAGCAAGAAACCUCCCACCGUAUUGCUUCUACAUGAGGUUGCCAGCAGUGAAGGUGCAUGGACGGUUCUCCCUGUCAUACCACAUUUUGCAGAUAUUUAUGCCAGAAAUUCAUCAUGGAUAUUUUUUUGUGAAGAGGAUACUUUGGUGAGACUUCAGAAGCUAUUGGAGACACUGCAGAGAUUUGACAAGUCUAAGACGUAUUUUUUAGGAAAAGCAUUGUAUGACGAAGAAUCUACUAUAAUCCAUCAUUAUGCCUUUGCGGAAAACCCUUCGAUUUUUAAGUAUCCAGAUUUUUCUGCUGGCUGGGCUCUUAGCAUGCCACUUGUGAAAAGGCUUGCUGAGAUCCUAAUUAAAGACCCGCCUAGUUCUGAUUUUACAAUAGACUUGAAGCAUGAGAUUGCUUUGUACAUAUGGCAGAAGGUUAAUGGCCAGGAACUUACAGCUAUACCAGAGUUUUGUACGGAACCUCCCACAUCUCCAAAAGCUAUGGGUUGUACCACCACAUUCAACAAUACCCUACCUGUCUGUGGGCAACCAGUGAAGGCCAGGGAUAUAUUUGUGGCUGUAAAAACAUGCAGAAAGUUUCACAAAGAUAGAAUACCUGUGGUCAAGCAGACUUGGGAAAAGAAUGCUGUACAUCUUCAAUAUUACAGUGAUCAUGCAGAUCCCACAAUCCCAACAAUAGAUUUAGGGAUACCGAAUGUUGAAAGAGGACACUGUGGAAAAACGUUUGCUAUUCUGGAACAUUUUUUAAAGUCUAAAAUUUCACAGAAACAUUGGCUGGUCAUAGUGGAUGAUGAUACACUAAUCAGCCUCCCAAGAUUACAGAAGCUUCUCAGUUGCUAUGAUUCUAAUGAUCCGGUCUUCCUGGGUGAACGAUACGGUUAUGGAUUGGGAGCGAGGGGUUACAAUUACAUUACCGGUGGUGGCGGCAUGGUGUUUAGCAGAGAGGCAGUGAGAAAAUUUCUAGGUAAUAAGUGUCGCUGUUACAGCAAUGAUGCCCCUGAUGAUAUGGUGCUUGGAAUGUGUGCCAGUGGCAUGGGCAUAUCUGUCACUCACAGCCCUCUUUUCCACCAGGCACGGCCUGUUGACUAUUCCAAAGAUUACCUUUCUCACCAAGUCCCAGUAUCGUUUCACAAGCACUGGAACAUCGACCCGGUAAAAGUGUAUUAUACCUGGCUGGCACAAGAUAAGAAAGAAAACCUGCAAGACAAAAGCUAUUUGAAAGAAGAGUUGUGAGAGUCCUGACUGGAGACUCUGCAGAAAAUAUAUUCACCUGAGUUGUGUUUGUAAUAAUAAGAGCUUAAAGUGUCAUCCAUUUUAUUGGUUGUAUUAGUAUUCAUGAGAAGGAUACCUGUCGGGUCACUAGUGACAUCACUUUGUGCCUCAGGGUUGUCACGAUUUCCUAAUGAGUUGAAUACUGGUUCAUUACAAAAAAAAUGGCUGCCUCCCAAUCAUGCACACUAGCAGUGUUCAGAGGUUGCAAAAAUUCCCCAUGAACGUUAAUAGAAAUAGUUACAUGGUGCGUACAUGUACCCACAAUUGGAAAAACCUGUUUGGUGAGGGGGGGAUGGGGGACAAAAACAUUUUUUUCAGCCACAAAUUUUCUAAUAGGGACAUACUGAACCCUAUACAGCACAGCAAUGUAUUUUUUUAUUUAUGGAAGGAUAUUUGCAUUAAUUUCUAGUAAUAAUUUGAAACGUUAAAAAAAAAAAAUGUUUUUAUAACAAAGCUUUUGUAAAAUGUAUUUUUCUUUUGUUUGUGUUCUGUUUUAAACCUCAAGCGUUUUAGUGUCUGAAGGGGGUACUGUACUUGCCUACUUUUGUGACCUUCCAUCCGGGGAGAUCACAAAGAGGAGGUGAAAGUGACAAGUGUAGAGGGCAUGGUGACAUAGUUCAUGUAAGCAUUAUGGCUCUGGCACUAUUUGCAGUGAUAGUUGGGUAUGAUGAUCAAGGCAUUGUCCUGCCAACUUCAUUAGGGAAUUGUGCAAGUUCUGGAAACUGCCUUUCUGGAAGUCUGGGAGAGUAAUCCCGUUUUAUGGGGGGGUCGAAGCUAGUCUUAUUUUAGAAGCACUGUAUCCAUGUUUUUAUAAUCUUAAAUUUUCUGUUGCUUCAGACAUUUAUAUUUUACCACCUCCUGUCACUAUAAGGUCAGAGGGCAUUUCUAUACUAACACCCUUUGUUGCUAUUGAGUCUGAGGUAAUUAUUUUUUCCACCUUGUGUCAUGACCCAGUCUGGAGUAAUUUAUAUUAUACCUCCUUAUGUCACUAUACAGUCUCAAGUAAUUUAUAUCCUACCACCUUCUUUCCCUAUAGAAUCUGAGGUCAUUUAUAUCCUACCACCUUCUGUCACUAUACAGUCUGGGUCAUAUAUAUCCUACCACCUUCUGUCACUGUACAGUCUGGGGUCACAUAUAUCCUACUGCCUUCUGUCACUAUACAGUCUGAGGUCAUAUAUAUCCUACCACCUUUUGCAACAUAAAUAUCAGGGGCCGAAUGUAUUGGCCUGUGGGAUGGCCAGAGCUCCGAGACUCCGGCCGAACUCGUACAUUUUUUAAAAGCAGCAAACGUUUACAAGGCAAAACCAACUAGGUUUUGCCUUGUAAACGUGCUGCUUUAAAAAAACUUACGAGUUCGGCCGGAGUAUCUAAGCUCUGGCCAUCUCGCAGGCCAUUACAUCCAGCCCGUGAUGUUUAAUUUCUUGCAGUGAGCAAAAUUUGCAGCCAUAUAAAAUUAAGCAUUUCUGAUAUUUGUACCUAAAUGCAUUUGGAGAUGCAAACCAAUGUACCUCUCUUAGCGAUGUGCUUCUAGUAGGCGUGUCUUUGUGCAUCCCAAUGGACAGGUGAACAUUUACAGAUUGAUGAUGACGGCCACAUCUCUUACCCAAGAAAUAUAUACUACAGUAGAUAUAGAGAUGCAAGCAGCCGAAAAUACAGCCAUAGAAAGGUAAACGUGUAGUUGCAUUUUUUUGCACGUAUACAAAGGUCACCAUUUUACGUUUAACUCUUAAUCAGGCCCAUUGUGUGAAAUAAAAUCCUGGAACCAAAGAUAGAGCAAAAUUUUAGAUACAGUUUUGUAAGACACACAUUUAGCAUAUUUUUAAAUAUAUUAAAGUUUACGCAGUCAAUUAAAUGCCUAUUUUUCCAAAUUUUUAAAUUAAGUACAAAAUGGGCCAACAAAUGACACCAUUUUUAAACGUGCAAAUCCAUGUCAUUUGUUUUUUUAAGUUAAUGCAGUAAUAUACAGUUGAUUUUGUUACGUGAGAUGGGGAGGGGGGGGUGCUUCUGUGUGCUUUGAUUCUUUUGACCUGUACAUUUUCAUAAAUAACAUUUGAAACCAUUGUAACGGUGUUACUUUAAUUUUUUUAUUUUAUUUUUUGUCGCAAUAUACACACAAAGCUAAAUCAGACUAUGAAAUGAACUGCAGGAGAGCAAUAUUUGGUUCAUAACAAUACACGCUUACUACAUAGACAGCACUCAGGGAUGAUAGCGGAUAGGUAAUAUCCAGCUGAUCGGUCUUUAUUUUUCUUGCUGUACCAAACUCAAUCCGUUUAUACAUGUCACAUUUAUCGCUGUGAUUGCUGUAAAACCACUAUUCCAUGCCUCAUAAAUAAGUUACAACUUAUUGAGAUCUCGUACAGUUUUCUUUCCACCCCAAGACAGAGUGCCUUAUGCAGUAGGCACAUCUACUGCUAUACAGUGUUCACUGUGUCUGUUAUGUUUUGUGUUUCUUGUUGUUAAUACAUGUUCUGUGUUAAAGUAUUUGCAAAAUAUGUAAUUGUAACAAUAAAGAUUUCCUAAAACAGUCAAAAAAA